UCUCUGUCUGUCAAGUAAAUAAAUAAAAUCUUAAAAAAAAAAAUACCCAAUUUACAUAGGUACUAAGCUGGAUGCUGUGAUAGCUAAACACAAAACACGAACCAGAGACACUGGACGUACACAUUGGUCACGAAGGCCUAAUACCUAUUUGUUGACUGAUCCUGUAUAAUCUCCUAGGUCUCUUCUAACUUUAAAUUUAUAGAAACCUAUUUUGAGAUAGUUCAAAUAAAAUAAUCAGUAGGGAGUAAAAAAUGACUUCUGAGGAGAGUCUGAGGAUCGAGACUCGUACGACAGAAUUCCAUACAAAUAAAUUGUUAUUUUUCCAAAGUCUGUGGCUUACUUCAUUGUCAAGCAAAAGUGAAUAAUUGAUUCGUACUCGAGGUUUAAAAAAAAUCGCGGGUCGGAGCAGGUUCAGGUGUGGCUCCGGAAAGAUGCCACAUUGCUAUGGCAACUUCGAGUCGCCAUUUUAAGUGUUCUCGCGCCUCCCGCCCUGACGUCACUUCCGGUAUCACCUGUGAGGUUACCGGGAGCCGUAAACAAGGUGUGCAAGCAUCCAGAGAGCUGUCGGGAUGCAGCAGAGCGGAGCGGCUGGAGGCCGUGGCUACGCUCGGUUCCCACUGCUUGGCGUCUUGUUCUUCCAGGAUUUUUCAUUACCAGUCCUUCCAGUACCCAACCACAGCAGGUACAUUUCGGGAUAGAAUUUCCUGGGUUGGAGAUGUAUACAGAGGGGAUGCGUCUAUCAGCAUAAGCAACCCUACCCUCAAGGACAAUGGGACUUUCAGCUGUGCUGUGAAGAAUCCCCCAGAUGUGCACCACAAUAUCCCUGCGACAGAGCUAACAGUCACAGAAAGGGGUUUUGGCACCAUGCUGUCCUCUGUGGCCCUCCUGUCCGUCCUUGUCUUCCUGCCCUCCGCUGUGGUGGUGAUUCUGCUGCUGGUGAGGAUGGCGAGGAAGUCUGCAGGGCUGAAGAAGAGGAGCAAGUCUGGCUAUAAGAAGUCGUCUAUUGAGGUUUCCGAUGAGACUCAGACUAUGAAGAGACAUACUGAUGACGAUCUUCAUGACACAAGAAGAGUCACCUGCUGGCAGAAAAUGUCCCAUUCCACUGGCAGCUAAAGCCUCUUGGAGAAGCAGGGCUGGCUUGGAUGGCAGUGCUGGAGGAUUCUAGAAGUCAUCAGGAGAGACUUCAGGAACCAUUUAUUUAUUGAAGAAAUGUUCUUUUUAUAUUUAUAAACUGUUUAAGGACUCUUCGAAGAAACUCACAACUACCCCUUUUAAUGACUUACACUCUAGUUGAAUGAAGGAGUUCUCUUCCUGAAUAGAAAGAUGGUUUUUGUUUCCCCUGUGUUCUUGAAUGUAUUACGUGUUUUCCAGUUAUUUGAGGGGAAUCCUAAAUGUUGGCCACACCGUGGAUGCCAAAGUAUCUUUAAAAAAUGAAAUGGAGCUCGUAGCUUCCUGAUAGGCUACCAGAUGAAGUGUUUGUUGGGGAUAAGUGUCCUUUGUUAUUUGCUCCAUGAAUGUUUUCAGCUGAGCCUACACUCCUUGGUUUUGUGACACCAUUGGUUGUGUUUGGAUGACUUGGAACCCUAAUUUCUGUGGAGCUGGCAGGCCUGGGAGUCCAUGGUUUGCUUUGACUGGGUUUUUAAAGUAUUAAAGUGUCAUCAAUUUAUAAUUAAGGAAGGGAAUGUUGACCUAAAGGGAUCCCUUCCUUUUGUCUUGCUAGGUACAGUUUGUUACUUUACUCUCUUAUAGCUGACUGAUUGGUGGUUUCCUUCUUGAUGUCCUGGAGCAGAGGCAAGAAAAACUCUUUGAGAAGCUUUUAGUGGGGAAUGUAGAGAAUUUUCUCAGUUAUUUGCAAGGAAAUACUCUUUUUUAACAAAUGCCACUCCAAAGUUCAGAUGUUGGAUUGGCUUUAAUGAGGCUUCUGUUUAUAGGAAAUAAUCUUUUUGACCUAAGUCAUGCUUUAGAACUUUCUUGUGUUCUAAAAUGCGCCAAAUAUGAGUGAGCUAAGGUAUUUAUGUACAAACAGUUUUUACAUAGUAUUUGACAUAAGGAAGUGAAGUGGUACAUAAUGUUUACUCGUUUCUGUUCUCUGAUACCUCACAUCAACUUCCUCCGUUUUCCCGCAGCAAGCGAUUUCAAACUUUAAUUUACAUAGGACUUUCUGUAAGCCAUUAAGAGAUACGUGUGACAUGUCCAGAAGGAUCGACAGUGUAGUCGUCUGUAAAACAGCGAUAGAGUUUACUUCUCAAUUAUGAGAGAGAAAAAUUAUCCCCUCUCCCCAUCGUCAUUUUUUUUUUUAGCAGGAGAGUCCGAGAUCCCUCACUAGGUGGCUCAGGUGGUUUCCAUAUUAUAGCUUAAUAGACUGUAUACAGUAUCCAAAAAAGUCACUUCCCCAGGAUUUAUUUUUAAAAAAUUUGGGUUAUUAGCUCUGGAAGUCAUCAGUAAAGAUUUUUUAAAAAGAUGGCAUAGGUUUGGCCUGGCCUCUUUUGUCAGUCUAGUCCAUACAUAAGAGAGUCUGGUUAGUUAAUUAGAAAUUAUGCUUUUGUCUGGUCAUGUAAGGAAGUAGAAGAGGAAAAGACACAUUGACUGUUUAUUUCCAGUGGUUAAGCCUCAGACUCGAGCUGCUUGGGCUCGUCUGGGGCCAGUCUAGUGAGACGGUCUGACACCUCAGCAGAGAGGAGAAAAUGUGUCUGAGCAACGAGAGUAAAUACUUUGGGCUCUAGGAGAUCGGAAGAUAGAGAUCUAAUUGUGAGGCAGACUUCUCGUGGGUCUUCCUGUCUCUGAGAAAGAGAUGGUGCUACAAGAACCCAGCGAAAACCGCAUUUCAUGAAUUGAGGAACUGGUUUUAUCUGGGUUUUCUUGUAAUUUCCCUUCAGGUCUGUGAUGAGGAUUAAUCCGGGGUGGGCGGGCGGUGUUUGUCCCUCCAGGUAGAUGCUGCCGCGUGGAGACUUGGUCGUCCUUAUUUUGUAGCCUUGAUCAUGAUUUGAACAAGUCCCUUUCUUCCUAAGUGACUGGAUGGUAGCAUCUUUCAUGGGAAGAGAGUAAGCUGAUUGAUUAUUCAGUUGGCUCCAUGGCUUUAAAAGGUCACUUCAGUCAUAGGGCUGCUGUCCUUGCUCAUCUCUUAUCCUGAGUCUGGCUUACAGCCUUACAGCUUUUUUUCCCACCUCUCCCCUGCCUUCUCCUCUCCCCUUUCCGUCCGUCCUUCCUUCCUUCCUUCCUCUCUCUCUCUUUCUUUUAUUCUUCUUUUUCUUUCUUCCCUUUCUUUCUUUCUUUCUCUCCUUCCCCCAAAGGAGCAAAAAGCAGUGUUUGGAUACCUGCCUUCUUUAAGGAUGGAAAGAAGAUCAAGGUUUUUUUGUUUUAUUUUGUUUUAUCUUUUAAAAUAUCUUCUCAGGUGCUCUUCCCUCUCUUUCUAUUGUUUUGCUGGUCUGGAUACAGAGCACACUGUCUGAAGACCAGCCUUGUCUAGAAAGGAAAUCGGAUUCUGAAAGCUUCAGACAGGCUGAAAAGCCUUUCAGAAUGUUUCUUUGGCUACUGAAGGCUUUACUUGUGGUUACAUUACCUUGUAAGUUUUGCACAUUGAGCUCUUAAUUCUGUUACCAAAUGUGAAUUUAUAAAAUGCUUUGUGUUUCCUAUGUGGCCUGUUACCCCAGGCUUCUUAGAGGAUGUCUUAGUUCUCUGCAGCUCCCAAACUAGGCACUGGUGCUUCAAGAGGGAAUGUUGUAUGUCCCUGUGUAAAAAAAUUGUUGGAGGCCAAAUCCUGACUUUGAAAGUUCUAUUGUGUUGCUCUGUUAUGGUUCCAGAUGAGUGCUGUAAGAAGACCCGGAGGGAGCAGACCCAAGAUGAUCAUUUAAUUGGGCUACUGGAAACUUUGCUGUCAGAAGGGGCGUCUCCCUUCUUUUGAAACCCGUGUGGGAACUGUUGCAGUGUUAACAGCUGCAUUUCACUGUGUUUUUUGUUUUUGUUUUUUUGUAGGCAUAUGUACACUGUUGGGUAAUAUUCACAGACAUUGUAACUCUUGAGAUCUUUACCACAUCAUAAUUAAUAAACUGCUUUGCACUUUCUGGCUA